AUGACUAUGAGUAAACUCCCCCCCGAACUCCACCUCGAAAUCGCCACGCACCUCCCGGCGACCCCCGACCUCUCGCGGUCCCACUUCGCCCAAACAAACCACUACUUCCACGCCCUCCUCCCCCACCCCUCGCACACCGAGCUGCUAGCCGCAGAACUCGACCCCCUCGCCAUCGCCAACGACCUCUACGCCUGUCGGUACUGUCUGCGGCUACGGCGAGUGACGCACUUCGCGGACCGGAUGGUGCGGCGGGGCCGGGGCCGGUUCGGAGCGGAGCGGGAGCGCGCGAAGCGGUUUUGUUUGGAUUGUGGGGUUCUCCCUAGACAGGGGGAGGAGGAGGAGGAAGAAGAGGGGGUGGGGGUCCGGGAGAAUGGUGGAGGACAAGCUGAAGGUCAGGCACAAGCACAAGCACAAGCUACGCGCGGCGAAGCACGGUACGGAUAUGGGGACCUCGUGCGCGUGCAAGGGGUGUGGAUGGUGUUCUGUGGGCGGUGUCGGGGGCUGAGGCAAGUGGUUCCAGUCGCCAUGUCCGGGUCCCCGGCAGAUAAAAGGCGGAAAUCGCAGCAUUUGCAGGUUAGUUGGGAGGAGGAGCAGAGUAUCGGGAUGCGCAUGGGGAGGGAUUUGGGGUGUGAGGGGUGCUUGCCGCAUGUUUCUCAUGACGAAUCGGGAGGUUGA